CUCACAAUGGAUGUCUUUUGGACCCUCCCGCCGGUCACUAGGACCAUUACAGCCCUCGCAGUCUCCGUAUCGGCUCUCGGCUAUGGCGGAAUCAUCAGCCUCUCACAAUAUGUAUUCUAUUCACCUGCCGUCUUCACGAUCAAGGCGGUGCCACAAGCUUGGCGCAUCUUCACAGCGUUUCUCAUAACGAAGCCCAAGUUUGCUAUCCUUCUCGAUCCGUACUUUCUAUACCAGUAUGGAAGCUCCAUUGAGCGGGAGUCGACUCGUUUCUCGCAGCCGGGAGACUUCUUCGUGUAUACCUUGUUUGUUGGAAGUGUGAUUGUCGGUCUAGCAGGCCGUCUUCUCAACGCCUACACUUUUCUCCCCGCCCUCUCCCUCGCCUACGCAUACACGUUCGCCCAAGACAACCCCUCGCGCCAAGUCUCCUUCUUCAUCGUCAAUUUCGACGCCAAAUACCUACCCUUUGCCUUGCUAUUCAUGACCUUCAUCAUCGAUGGGGGCGAGCCCGCUUUAGCGCAGCUCACUGGCCUUGUUGCGGCUCAUCUAUACGACUUCUUGACGAGGAUUUGGCCGACAUUUGGCGGAGGAAAGAACUACAUCUUUACGCCGCAGAUCGUCAAGCGGUGGUUUGGCGCAACAGCUGGGAGUGUACAGAACAGGGGUUAUGGACACGUUGUGCAAGGCCGAGGAAGAGCGACAGGAACUGGUGCGGGUGCUGAACCCGCAAGCGCCGGACGUAGCACGGGUGUCAGUAAUGCAUGGGGCGGACUGGGUCCUGGUCGCCGGCUUGGUAGCGAUUAGAGAGUGGUGCAGGUAUUGGAAAUGUUUUGCACAGUCCACUUAAUUGUGUCAUUGUGUAGGCUAGACACUCAGGUAUAAUGUUUACACUGCCUAUUCUUGAGUAGUAUCAAAUAAGUAAAGCAUGCGGCAGCUUCAUCUUCCAUAUUCUCGCGAUCUUCAAUGGUACAUUCAUUCUUCGAGCUAUAGCGCAGCGUAAUCGACAUAACUCCGAAAAACAGUGACUUCAUAAUUCCAUCCUCAUCUUC